UUAUUCCUGCAUGUGAGCGCUCUGUGCUGUUUGUAUGAGUUUAUAAACUGCUCUCUUUAGGUAGUCUAGCUUAAUCGACCCGUUAUAACAUUAAAGAUGAGCAUUUCGAUGCCGCAGAAGCGUUAUUACCGGCAGAGGGCUCACUCCAACCCGAUGGCCGACCACACUUUCGAGUACCCAGUUUGUCCAGAGGAGAUGGACUGGUCACAGCUGUACCCCCAGUAUUUUAGCCCACCGCACAGAGAAGAAGGAGCCAGUCCGGAUAAAGGAAAAGCUCAGGUGGAGUUUGCUGAUAUCGGCUGUGGAUACGGCGGCCUGCUUGUGGAGUUAUCACCGCUGUUCCCAGAUCAGCUGAUUCUGGGUCUGGAGAUUCGGGUAAAAGUUUCAGACUACGUGCAGGACCGCAUUCGCUCACUUCGAUCUGCUGAGCCUGGAAAGUACCAGAACAUCGCCUGCCUCCGGAGCAAUGCUAUGAAGUACCUUCCUAACUUCUUCACUAAAGGACAGCUCAGCAAGAUGUUCUUCCUGUUUCCGGAUCCACACUUCAAGAAAACAAAGCAUAAGUGGAGGAUCAUCAGUCCCACGUUACUUGCUGAAUAUGCAUACACACUCAGAGUUGGGGGUUUGGUGUACACAAACACAGAUGUAGAAGAGGUGCACCUGUGGAUGGUGAAGCACUUCACAGAGCAUCCUUUGUUCAGCAGGGUGUCGGAGGAGGAGCUGAAGGACGAUGUCAUCAUCAGUCGUUUGGGAACAUGCACAGAAGAAGGAAAGAAAGUGCAGAGGAAUGGAGGCAAGAACUACCUCGCCGUGUUCCGCAGAGUCGAGGAUCCGCGAUGACUCUGGUGUUCGAGUGGCAGGACGGAUCUGAUGACCAUCUGAACUGAAUAAGGACAGAACUGUCUGUGAGUGACCAGACCUCAAAGACGACAUUGGGUAACAUUGGCUCCUCAGUUGUCCUCAUAAAGAACCCGAAACUGGAGCACCAUCUACACUUAUUUAAAAUAAUGGCUGUUCAAGGGUUCUUUAGGAAGGUCAGUGGUUCUGUAUAGAACACUCAAAGAACAGUUUGCAUGCUUAAAUGGUUCUUUGCAUCACAAAAUUGUUCUUCAAAUUGAUGUUGUAUAUGGUUUAUAUAGCACCAAAAAGCUUUUUUGGUGCUAUAUAGAACCAUAUACAACACAUUCCACAUCAAUGUGAAAAACCAUUUAAGUAUGCAUAUGGUUUGAAUGAUCAUGGUUCUCAUUGUCUUUACUAAACAUUCUUAAAAAAAGAUGGCUCUUUAAGGGUUCUUUAGUACAGAAAAUGGUUUAUAUAUAACAAUGAA